AUGGAAGGGAGAAUAUCAUCACGUGCACGUCAGUUUACUCAAGCUUUAGAAAAUGCAGACCAGAAACUUCUUGAAGAUCUAUGUAUCUAUAAUAAUGAGCAGGAGCUGUCAGAGAUAAGAGGGACACUAGAAUCCAAUCAGUGGAUUCUACCUCGUGUUUGUCAGCUGGGCUUUCCUGAUAUUCUUCAAAGAAUUUAUGGUUUUCAUUUGAUCGACAUUGAUACUGAAUAUUUGGGGAAAACUGGUCUGCAGUAUGCUUGCCAGGAAGGACACAUGGAUAUCGUAAAAUGGCUUCUAGAUCAGGGUGCAAGCUUAAAGAAAAGUGUAUGGAAAGAAGAUUCUGAGUUUUAUCUGGCAACAUUACACGGAAACAUUGAUGUUGUGGAUGUGCUGUUGCAAAAAGAACCAGGUCUGACAUCAGACACCUCUGUCCGCUACUGCCUUAUGUACGCUGCUUGCUGUGGAGGCCAUGUGGACUUGAUGAAGAAAUGGUGUUUGCCUGGAGUAGAUGUCAAUGAAACCAUUGCUUUUACCACAGACCUGUCCAGAUGUGAGCAGAUGUAUCCGCUGUUUGCUGCCUGUCAGGGAGAGCAUUUGGAUGUUGCCAUUUGCCUAAUCAAAGAGUAUGAUGCUGUUAUCACAAAAGAUAUAUGCCAUCAUUUCCCAGAAUUCACAACCCAGCUGGUCAGGACAUUAUUCAUGUCAGAUAUGAAACACACACGAGAUUUUUGCAUGGCAAAUUAUAAGCUGGAGUACAUCCUGGCCUGCUGGUUUACUUCAAAUGAAAGGACAGGUCUGAUAAUGAACCAGCAGACAUCUCAAGACUCUGAUUCUGAAAGCUUUGUUGAGGAAGAUGAUGACAAGAUGAUUGAAACUGUGAUUGAUUUAAAGGGAAAUCGACUUAGGUCGCUGCCUGAUGAGGUUCUGUGGACAUUAAGAGAACUUGUCUCUUUAGAUGUUUCAUACAACCCACUUGGAACAAUUCCUGAUGCUUUAGAUUCCAGCUCACUCGCUUCUAAUGGAAUUAGAUUAUUAAACAUCUCCUACUGUGAACUGACAUCACUGUCCUUACAUGUAUUUGCUCUUCCUUGUCUUGAGCAGCUGAACUUGUCUUACAAUAUGCUGACUACACUAGGUCAGAAAGAUGGUGCAGAAAAUGCAGCUUACAGUACAGGCUGGAAGUGCACAAGACUUAAGAGUUUAGAUGUCUCCCAUAACCUCCUGACCUUAUUGCCUCCUGGCAUCCACACCUGCACAGAGCUGAAUUCUCUAAAUGCCAGCCAUAAUGAACUCAGCACUUGCCCCCUUUGGCAAUGUCCUAUGAAAAUGCUUGACCUUUCCCACAAUGAACUGGUAUCAUUUGCACCAAGUGCUGACCAGUACUGGAAGCAGACGUUGAGAAAACUUUGUCUUGCCAGUAAUCAGAUCAUUGAGCUGACAGAAAGCAUUGUUAAGAUGCGUACCCUUACAUUUCUAGAUGUGUCAUACAACAAAAUCCAGCAGAUGCCACAGCCAGACCUGUGGUGUUGUCCUCUUGUUUCCUUCAACUUAAAUAAUAAUCAGCUAGGUCUAGAUAAGGUGAAGACACCUCUUCAGAGAAUCAUUUCAUUGAAUCAGUCACCUCUGCCACGCGUUGAGUUUCCAAAGUCUUGUCUAGCAUCUUCAUUGAUGGAGCUCUAUUUGGCAAAUAAUGACCUGAAGACAGUUCCUGAUGGAAUCAGUGACAUGGAAAAGUUAACAGUUCUGGACUUGAGCGAAAAUCCGAGAAUCAUGGAACUGCCUGCUGAGUUAGGAAAGCUGAAGAAGUUACUGAAACUUGACCUGACUGGUGUCACUGUCAAGGAUAAGCAACUGCAGAAUUUGAUUACUUCUGUAGAGGAUGACAGAACUCGUAUGUAUGCUAGUGAUAUUAUCAUGCAUCUGGAAAGAAAGCGCAGGAAUUGUGUCCAGCCUGAAAUUCUAAAAAUUGUGGUACUUGGUUGCAAGAGUAUAAAUGGACCUUGUAUAGUUCAAAAGAUGGUCAGUGGAAAGAAUGCUGGUACUUGUGAUCAAGAGAGAAAAUCUUUGACGUAUGAAAUCUGGGAAAUUCCAGACACCAAAUUUACCCCAGCUAUACUGCCAUGUUUCCUGUCCUAUAACUCAUUGUAUAUUAUUAUCCAUGAUGCUACCUACUAUGGUGCUGACCUUCAUUCAGUGUCUGAGAAGGUGUCUUCUGUCCAGACAUGUGUUCUGCGACUAAAGGUCAUUGUUGUCUGCACUUACAUAAACUCAAUGGAAAAGUCAAAAAGAGAGAAAACUGAGAAGGAAAUAUGUGAAAAAUCUAAGUGUAUAUUUCCUAGAGCAACAUUUGUGUCAAUUACAUUGGGAGGUAGAGAUAACUUCGACUCGCUCCAGCAAGAGAUUUAUGCUGCUUGGGAAAGCAUGAGUGAUGCUGUUUAUGAUAGAGAUGUCAAACUGCGGCAUCGACAGGUUCCAAAAGUGUUCAUUGAUGUGGUCAGCUCCGUGAAGAAGCUCCAGCAGGAUAUAUGUUUAUUAGAUGACUUUCUUCAGGCCUUAGGACUGACUAAAUGCGACUUGGAUGACGGAGUAGAUGACAAUCUGAAGUUGCAUGAAUUCCUUCUGCAAGUCGGAGCAAUGCUUCAUUAUGAUAUUCACCUAGAUGAGCUGUCAAAUUGUGUUAUUCUGAAUCCUACAUGGCUUUUUAGAGUGCUUUUUAAAUUCUUUAAGUCUCUGACUUCACUAAACAGCCCCAAGACUGCACAGCUGCCAAUAAGUGUUGUAAGAGCUACAGUCCAGGAAGAGUUACCCACAGGAGAUUAUGAUUAUUUCCCUGCAUUUCUGAAACUUCUGGAAACUUUCAACAUCGGCUUGAGGUUGACUGACAGUGCCAACAAGAAGGAUGAACUCCUUCUUGUGCCUUCUCUGUUACCAAAGCAUCCACCACAGUUUAAGAUUGAUGCACACAAGGGUGCUUGCAGAGCGGCACGGCUGUACCAUCUCUCAGCAAUUUCACCAGCAAUUUGGAGUCAUAUAAUAUCUCAGUUGAUCCUGGCAUUUGAUCGCUUUUCCAAGCCUAAAUGGAAGCUUGGAGAACAGAGGUCAAAUGCCAGUGCAACAUUAGACAGAACCAAGUCAUUCAGGAUGGGGUGCACAUCUAGCUUGAGAGGUCUGAAUAUUUAUAACAAGAAUGUCCAAUACUGGAGGACAGGAAUCAUGAUGCAUUAUGACCAAGGACAUGUGGUUGUGGAACAAGUGGCAUGCAUAUCCAGGCUG